CAAAAAAAAAAAAUUUCCUCGCUCCGAGAAAGUUCAGGCUAGGGCAAAAGCCGGAGGGGGAUGGCGGCGGGGGAGGGGGAGGCAACGACUUGCCACAAGAGAUCGGCGGCGGGGCAGGAGGAGGAGGAGGAGUCGAAGAGGCCACGCGAUGGCAGCGAGGAGGAGGAAGAGCUGCUCACCGACCUCUCCCGCUACCGCCGCUACUGGACGGAUCUGUGGUCCGACGUUUCCGGCGACAUCGCCAAAAGAACUGAGUUUGGUCCCAUGCGGUACACGGAGGAACCGGUGCCCCCGUUCGCAAAGCUCCAAGAUUUACUAGAGGUUUUUUCUUUUGAGGUGACUGAGCUGAAAGGUAUUCUAAGCUGGCCAAUAGAUGUGUUUGGCCUCAUCUCUGUCCGUGACUCGCUGGACCGGAAUCGCAACUAUAUCUUUGAGCGCACCAGGAACUACUGCCAGACUCUCACUGCAAAGGAUUCAUCUCUGGUUCUCACUGGUCCAAGCCGUGCAGUCCAAUUGAUUGACCCUGUUGAAUUUGAAAUUGAGCUAAGAGUCAAGGGGACAAGUCCCUCCAAAGAUAAGAUCUUGAGCGCUGAAGCAUUUGGGUAUAACUGCAUUGCUCAGAGACUCAGAUGUGGCUCACUCCGCAGUAUGAUGUUAUCAGGAGCACGCAGCACAUUGGAGUUCAAGUAUGCACACAUUCCUUUGGCAUUGGAGGCUACAAUCAAGGUCAGGAUUACUAGGGGUUCAACUGAUUUCUGUGGAAAGUUCAUUGCACAUACUGCUAGUAUCAAGGAAGAUGUCAUAUUGCUGGACUCUGGAGAAGAAAUGGUGGCUAUCUCCCAUGAUGGAGCCAUUAAUUUCUCCCGCAGUGUAGUUGCAGUUGAAGGAAAUGGCGGAGUUCUGACUGUUGGUGUUCAUGCAAGGCAGAGUGGUGGUGAGAAUAUGAGAUGUUCUUAUAAAGAGUUUAUCCCGGUAAGAUGUGGACGGAGUCAUGACACACUUGAUGUUGGAUUUUGCCAGAUGAGCGUUGAAGUUGCUUGGUCGCUCAUCUUUUAAUAUUGAAAAAAGUCUAGGCCCUGAUAAUAUUUUUCUUGCAUAUGACAAUACUUAAUAUUCGGUAUUAGUAGUGGAAGUAAUAGAUGUGCUCCGUGGCAUUGUAAUACACUAAUAUGACAGUACUGAGUUUGGACCGGGGGCCUCACGAUCCAUGCCAUUGUAAAUUUGCUACUCUAUAUCAUAAAAAUGCUAUUAUUAUUCACCUA